AUGGAGUCUUCCUCAGAUGAAGAGGAGGUGCACACCUUUGUUCAGGUCAUCAGUGACAAGUACAACCCGGACAACUUCCCCUACUCCAGAGGCCAAGGCCUUGGUAUCGUCAUGCUGCCCACGCCACCUGGCUUGCCCAGCAAGGGUAACGCUCGCAAUGAUCGACUGUUCGUACCCAGUGUUCUGGUGCUCAACUAUUGCAGUAUCAGUAAGGCCGGGCAGGGCUCAGACAUUGCCGCCUUCUGUGCCCAUGUGGUGGAGCUGGACCUGUCCUACAACCAGCUGCAGGACUGGGGAGAGAUCUUCACAAUUGUGUCCAACAUCCCGCACUUGGACUUCCUGAACCUGAGCAUGAACCCUCUGUGUGGGGCCGUGCUGGAGCCUCCUCUGGCUGAGUGUUUCUCCAGGGUGCGCAGGAUGGUGCUCAUCAACACUCACAAAAAAUCAUAA